GUUCUGAGCUAAACGGAACGCAAUCAGGAGCAGACUGCACUCAAGCAUCUGGUUUUCAGGAGUGCAGAUGUGAAAACAGCUUCAGACUUCAUGCGGUCGGAGCUGAAAAUUUCCUGUGCAGCGCUGAGAUGCCUCCAGACAGGUGGCUGGAGUACAGUCCUGUAGGUCGCAGGAUACCGGGGACUCGGUUCAUCGCCUUCAAAGUGCCUUUAAAACCAAACCGCCAGGUGUCAUGUUCAGUCUGUGGACAGAGUCAGAACCAAGACCUGGGUCUGAUCGUCGACCUGACCUUCAGCAGGAAGUACUACAGGCUGAGCGACGUCCCGCAGUCCGUCUCCUACAUUAAGAUCCCCACCCAGGGUCAACGGGUCCCCUCUGACGCCACCAUCCUGCGUUUCAAACGAGCCGUCACUCACUUCCUGCAGGAGAACUCAGACAAUGACAAGCUGUUCGGAGUCCACUGCACGCACGGCCUGAACCGAACCGGAUACCUGGUCUGCAGAUACCUCAUAGAUGUGGACGGCGUGGAUCCUGCGGCAGCGUUGGAGCUCUUUAACUCCAGCAGAGGUCACUGCAUCGAGAGGAGCAACUACUUGAACGACCUGCAACGAGGAGCCAAGAGGAGCAACCACGGCAUGGAGCAGCCGGAGGAGGAGGCGACCAGAGGGCAAGCUGUGGAGCAACCACGGCUCAACUCUGCUCAAGGCCACGCCCCCACCGAGGAGACCAAACCAAUCACAGAGAAACAACACCGUCGACACAGAGCGCAACAUCACCGGGGUCAGAGGGGCGGUGAUCAACCUCCACAGGCUAGUCUCGCCCCCACUCCUUUACUCCCCUCCUGUGUCCGGAGUCCCGCUCAUCAUCUUCCCUCUGUCCCGCCCCCUCCUGCUCUCCUCCCCCGGUACACCUGGAGCUGAGAUAGAACUCAAACAUCAGUCAGAGUGAGAAAGUAAAAAUAUGAAACACAAACAGCUCCUGUGUCCUGGGGCCCGUUUCUGAAAGAAGGUUGAACAAACCCUCAGUCUAACCCUGAGCUCUGAGUUGAUUUACUCUCUGAUAGGAAACUCUGAGUUUUCGGUUCCAGAUCAGCAGAUUUGAAUUUGUUAAAUCAACUCUCAGUAGGUCCACUCGGUGUUCAGCACGUGCACCACAACGAUAAAAAGCCAACAUGAAUGGAGCCCUGAUUCUACAUUUCACCAUGGCAACAGGUGACAAAAAAGAGAUCCUCCUACUUUAACCAUCUCAAAAUAUAGCAUAUCUUCAUGCGGACAUACGGAGACUAUGAACAGGUUUCAAGAAGGCAGCAAAGGAGAGAGAAGUGGGGUAAGAGAAAAUAGCUGCUCGGGUCAGCGCGUAAUGAAGUCUAUUAAUUCAAUAUUUAAUCAGAAUUACAAUAUUGCAAGUAAAAACUGGUGAAACUGUAUUAAACCUACAGUUCAAUUUCAUUAAGAUGCAAUCCAGUGGAAGAAAAGCAACUUUAAAACAGCUCAAAAUGAAAUAUAAGAACAUAAUAGGCUCAUAUUGCCUAGAUUUAAAGUUAACUUCAUUCAGAGUCUAUUUGAGUGCGCAUUAACUUUAUCCCCAACAUAGGCUAAUGCUGCAUUCACACCUAUGAUUCACACACACCUAAACAUCCUCUCACCUUUAUCCCAUUUAGUUUAUUAAUUAAUUAGGCCUAAAUUAACAUCUCCUGAUGUUAAUGUAGGCUCUAAUUCCCUGCGGAGUAAUGUAGCCCCUUCAUACCGAGGCUCGACUAAAAGAUGCCAUGUUCGAUAAAAUAGUUUGUUUUAUACGUUGUAGUAUUGUCUACCUAACAUAUUAAAAACAACCUGGAUUUUUAUUCAGACAAACGGUGAAUCUUCACUAACACGGCGUGAUACGGACUGAAUGAAUGAAUGAGGAAAUAAAACAGCGUUUCUGGCUCUGAAAGAGGGAGGAGACCAAGAGAAAAUCAGGGUUCAUUGAAGAAAACUCCCGACCAGGUUAGGUUAACAGACUCAGUUACCAUAGUAACUGACUCAGAGGUAAAGUUACCUCUCCCUCUGGAGCGGGCUGGAGUUACCCCUCUUUCUCGGGUUUGAGUGACCUCCCCCUCUGAAACGGAAUACCCAGAGUUUCCCUCAUUUCAGGGUUAACGGACUCAGAGUUUGCACUAAACCUUCUUUCAGAAACGGGCCCCUGUUCAGUCGAAUCUGUUUUUCUGAAUGUGUCUGUCAAGAGUGAUGUCACAGCUGUUUAUGGAUCAAAUAAAGUUAUUUUUCUGCUAAAUAAAAAGGUCUAUCUC